AUGCCCAGCUCGCUGUUUGCAGACCUGGAGCGCAACGGCAGCGGCGGCGGAGGGGGCGGCGGCGGCGGCGGAGGAGGAGGAGGAGGCGGCGGAGAGACCCUGGAUGACCAAAGAGCCCUGCAGCUCGCACUCGACCAGCUCUCCCUGCUGGGGCUGGACAGUGACGAGGGCGCGUCUCUGUACGACAGCGAGCCGCGAAAGAAGAGCGUGAACAUGACCGAGUGCGUGCCAGUGCCCAGUUCCGAGCAUGUCGCCGAGAUCGUGGGGCGGCAAGGUUGUAAAAUCAAAGCGCUGCGGGCAAAGACCAACACUUAUAUCAAGACCCCGGUUCGCGGGGAGGAGCCUGUCUUUGUUGUGACGGGCAGGAAGGAGGAUGUGGCCAUGGCCCGGAGGGAGAUCAUCUCCGCCGCCGAGCACUUCUCCAUGAUCCGCGCCUCUCGCAAUAAGAACACGGCGCUGAACGGCGCAGUGCCCGGGCCGCCUAACCUGCCAGGGCAGACCACCAUCCAGGUGCGCGUGCCCUAUCGCGUGGUGGGGCUCGUGGUGGGGCCCAAGGGCGCCACGAUCAAGCGCAUCCAGCAGCAGACGCACACGUACAUCGUGACGCCCAGCCGCGACAAGGAGCCGGUGUUCGAGGUGACGGGCAUGCCGGAGAACGUGGACCGCGCCCGCGAGGAGAUCGAGGCCCACAUCGCCCUGCGCACCGGCGGCAUCAUUGAGCUCACCGACGAGAACGAUUUCCACGCCAACGGCACGGAUGUGGGCUUCGAUCUGCAUCAUGGGUCCGGCGGGUCCGGCCCAGGCAGCCUCUGGAGCAAGCCCACUCCCAGCAUCACGCCCACUCCGGGCCGCAAGCCCUUCUCCAGCUACCGCAACGACAGCUCCAGCUCGCUCGGCAGCGCCUCCACAGACUCUUACUUCGGCGCGGGCACCAGCGGCAGCGCAGCCACCACCCCGCGCCUGGCGGACUACAGCCCCCCCAGCCCCGCGCUCAGCUUUGCUCACAACGGAAACAACAACAACGGCAAUGGGUAUACCUACGCUGCGGCUGCGGCGGGCGAGGCUUCGGUGCCUUCCCCCGACGGCUGCCCCGAGCUUCCGCCAGCCUUUGACCCGGCUCCCGCUCCACCGCCCGGGGCGCCCCUUCUCUGGGCCCAGUUCGAGCGGUCCCCGGGAGGCGGACCUGCAGCUCCCGCGUCCUCUUCCUGCUCCUCCUCCGCAUCUUCGUCAGCGGCUUCGUCCUCCUCGGUGGUCUUUCCCGGGGGCGGAGCCAGCGCGCCCUCCAGCGCCAACCUCGGGCUGCCGGUACACCGCCGGCUGCACCCAGGCGCCAGCUGCCCGCGUCUGUCCCCGCCCUUGCACAUGGCCCCGGGGGCGGGUGAGCACCACCUGGCUCGUCGUGUGCGCAGCGACCCUGGCGGAGGGGGCCUGGCCUACGCCGCCUAUGCCAAUGGGCUGGGGGCGCAGCUGCCGGCGGGCCUUCAGCCUUCGUCGUCGGACGCGUCGGGCUCCUCGUCCUCAUCCAGCUCGUCCUCCAGCUCGUCCUCGUCCUCCUCCUCCUCCUCCGGGUUGCGGCGUAAGGGCAGCCGCGAUUGCUCCGUGUGCUUUGAGAGCGAAGUCAUCGCCGCACUGGUUCCCUGCGGCCACAACCUUUUCUGCAUGGAGUGCGCUAACCGCAUCUGCGAGAAGAGCGAGCCCGAGUGCCCGGUCUGCCACACCGCGGUCACUCAGGCCAUCCGCAUCUUUUCGUGA